AUGACAACUUCGACGACAAAUUGGGACAGCGGUAUGGAUUACGGCUUUUUCGCGAUAAGAUCGAUGAUGUGGACAGUCGGGUUGUGGCCCGUACAACGAAACAACGUAAUUUACACGAUGCAGUGGCUGGUGGCGUUCGCGAUAGGGUCUCUCACAAUGCUCAACGUGCUGAUAGAAUCGUUCAGGAGCUGCGGUAUCGCGCGGGACGGUCUGGAGAUUUUUCGUCUAAUUGAGAGCUGCGUGCACGCGUGGCUGAAUCUGAUCUUUCCGCGCAUUUAUAUGAAAAAACUCGCGGUCAACGUGAAUUCCGCGAUCGACGACUGGUCGUCUCCGUUUAUGAGGAAAGAAUCGCGCGCGACAAUGACGGCGUACGCGCGUACGGGGCGAUUGGUCGCAUUGGCUCAAUUGGCUGUCGGCUCUGCGGGAAGCGUCUUGUGGUUCGCUUCCGUCUUCCUCGACAACAGGCGAAAGGUCGCGAGCAACAACAACGCGACCACGUGGAACUUCGUCCUUCCGUCAACGUGUCUGUACAAAGGAGUUUCCUAUUCCACGUACGAACUACUGUUCGCCAUGCAAAUAGUUCAGGGAACUGUGGUAUUCAUAGCGGAAUGUGCGUGUGACAGCUUUUUCUUCAGCAUCACCGUGCAUCUCUGCGGCCAGCUCGAGCUUCUCAAAAUGAAAUUUACGGAGAUCGACAAAAACUCGGAUAACAAACAUCGAAAUGGAAAUAUCUUGGGACCGUUGGUCGAGAGACAUUGUCAUCUAAUAGUAUUGGCCAGAAAUAUCGAGGACGCUUUCAACAUCUACAUUUUACUGCGGCUCUUGAUAAUCAACAUAGUUAUUGCAACUGGAGGAAUAAAUGUCAUCCUGUUGUUUAACGAUCACGAUUACAAGGGAGUGUUAAAAAUAAUAACGGCCAUUCAGUUUUACAUGGUGCAAAUCUUUUUGUACACAUACGCCGGUGAUAUAUUGCAGAAUCAAAGUCUGUCAAUCUUGUCCGCCGUAUACAACUCCACGUGGUACGAAAUGUCGCCCGUUACGGUGAAGGAUUUGGUAUUUGUCAUGAUGAGAACGAAGAUUCCACUUCGAAUUAGCGCUGGAAAAUUUUUCUAUCUCACGCGAGCCACGAUGACGGAUAUUUUGAAAACCACAUUGUCGUAUAUUUCGUUCUUGCGAGUGACAAUGGAAAACUAA